UGGCGUGGUGCGCUCGGGCUCAGAUUCCCGCUGCCAUUCAUCGUCAUUGGCUCCUGGCCCUACCUCAUCAUUGGCUCCUCCUCGACCAUCAUCGACAUCAGGCUCUGCCCGCCAUGCCCGACUAGCAUAUCCUUCCCCCGCUCCCCGUUCACCGCACCGCCCAUCAUCACCACCUCCCCGCUCAACUCGUCCAUCUCACCUGCGCUCCGUCGCGCGCUGCCUACACCUACAACUGCUCACCACCCUCACCCUCCUCCUCGCCCUCGCCCUCCUCCCGCUCCCGGCCCGCGCCGCGCAGUUACAGUUGGGCGCCACUGCGGGCUUGUUCGCCCCCUUCAUGCUGGCUUCGUUGGCCUCCCCUCACCUAUCACCACCCUGCCCACCCCGGCGGCGUGGCGGUUGCCGCGGAGCGCGAAUCUGACGGUCGAGGUCGCGGUUUGUGGGGCGGGAGGGGGUGGGGGUGACUCUGCUUCGUCCCGUGCGAGGCGCGCACCAUCGGGCGGCAGGCAGAAAGGGGCUGGCGACGAGGCCCGCAGGAGGGCUGAGGCUGGGGCUGGGGGCGACAGCAGUGAUGGAAGUGGCAGAAGCUUAACUCGCCGGGCCACCACAUCGGCCCCCCGCUUCUUCCUCACGAACGCGACCGGCCUGACUGGGGACGGGCCGGUGGAUGAGGUGGAUCCGGCGACGGUGCCGGGGGAGGGGGAUGUGGGGGAGGACGACGUUUACGAAGUGUCUUUGGAUGGGGGAGGUGAGUGA